AUGGGGGCAGGCAAGGAGAAAUCAAAGGAUGCCAAACAAGGCCAUCAACCAAAGAUGAAGGAGGUACAGACCAAACUGAUCAAAAGUCCAGACAAAAAGCACCCUCUACCACCGGAAAAUGUGGCGUACCUCACCCGCAAAAUCAGUUUUGAUGCAAAGCAGGCUAAGGAAAAGAUGAAACCUGAAAAUGUUAACCAGGCUCUGUCGACAACUGCAAAUUGUAGCGGAGAACUGGAAGAGACGGCAAUGGCCGUCGACCUAUCCUGA